GGUACAGAGUAAUUCAUAGUAAAAAAAUAAAAAUUAGGGAGUGUAGUUAAGGAAAUAAAGUAGAUAGGGUGAGAGUAAAAAACAAUCCAACGUUACUCAUGACCCGGCCAGGCCCAUGCAUUGUGGACACGGUUCAGGAUAUAAUGUGCGCAUCUCUGCAAUUGCCCAACUCCUUCACCUAAUUGGGUUCACUUCUCUCUCUCUCUAGGGUCCAGCCAGGAUCGACCAUGCAGCCGAACGGAGUUGCCCCGCCGCCGCCGAUGGCUCCGAUGCAGGCCAAUCCGGCUCAACACCCAUCGCAGUAUCCGCCGUGGAUGUCCGUUCCGCCACAGCAAGCGCUUCCUCCCGCCGUCUGGCCUCAGCAGCCGAUGCCGCACGCCGUGCCUCUUCCUCAUCACCCCCCGCCGAUGCCGCACGCCAUGUCUCUCCCGCAGCAAGUUCAACAGUACGGAUCUCUUCCCUCCGCUGCUGCGGCUCCCGCCCCUGCAUCUGCUUCCAACGAGAUUAAAUCUCUGUGGAUCGGGGACUUGCAGCCCUGGAUGGAUGAGAACUAUCUUAAUGUCUGUUUCGCUCACACGGGAGAGCUUGUCACCUCAAAGGUCAUCCGUAACAAGUCAACUGGUCAUUCUGAAAGUUAUGGUUUUAUCGAGUUCAGGAGUCGGGCAGCUGCAGAGACUAUCUUACAAUCGUAUAAUGGAGCUCUGAUGCCAAAUACUGACCAAAGCUUCAGGCUGAAUUGGGCAACAUUUGGUGCUGGCGAGCGGCGUGAUGAUACUCCAGAUUUCACCAUCUUUGUUGGAGAUCUGGCUGCUGAAGUGACUGAUGACUGCCUUGCUGAAACAUUUAAAGCCACCUAUUCAUCAGUAAAAGGCGCAAAAGUUGUCACGGACAGGGAAACUGGGCUUUCAAAAGGCUAUGGGUUUGUUAGGUUUGGAGAUGAAAGCGAUCAAUUACGUGCCAUGACUGAAAUGAAUGGUGCGAUGUGCUUAACUAGGCCUAUGAGGAUUGGACCAGCUGCUAACAAGAACCCUGUGAAUACACAUCAGAAAGCUACUUAUCAAACUCCUCAAGCUAAUCAAGGAGAGAGUGACCCUAAUAAUACAACAAUAUUUGUUGGGGGUUUAGACCCAAAUGUUUCGGAGGAUCUUCUGAGAAGUGUGUUCUCACCGUAUGGCGAACUAGUUCAUGUCAAAAUAGUUGCAGCUAAGCGCUGUGGUUUUGUCCAAUUUUCUAACAGGCCUUCUGCUGAGCAGGCUCUAUUAGGCCUUCAGGGAGCACUGUUAGGAGAGCAAAACGUCCGUCUUUCUUGGGGACGCAACCCGUCUAACAAAAUUGUGGGCCAGACUCAGUGGGGCAACAGUGGUAGUGCGGGGGGUGCUUAUUAUGGUGGGUAUGCCCAAGGGUAUGAUGCAUAUGGUGGAUAUGCUGCACCGGCACAGGACCCUAGCAUGUACUAUGGAGGUUACCCUGGAUAUGCAAAUUACCAACAGCCACCACAGUGAGAGCAUCUAAUGUUGGAGUGCUGGAGAUGAAGAUGCCAUGGCGGCAAGGUCUGUUCUCUCGUUCAUCUGUGUAAAAUGACUGGUCAUUAUCAUGACGCUUGGUGACUGGCGUGCCAGUCAGAUUUCUCUCUUUUUGUUUGUGUUUUUUUUUUGGAAUUUGGAUCUGCUUAAGUACUUAAUAGAGUAACGUGCGGAUGCUGGAUUAAGCGGAUUAGUCCAUGUGCGACCGUUUCUUGGUCUGAUUUGUGAUGUUAGAGUACUCAUAUUGCUUGAUAUUUGGCUAGCUUUUUUGGUUGAUUUGCUUUUGUGGUAUU